AUGAAGGAGUGGGCUAGAGAAACUUUUCCCAAUGUGAAUCUUGAAAAGGAGGAGGUGCUAAAGGGGCUUGAGGAGAUCCAACAGGAAAUAGAGGAGAAUGGGAUGAAUGAUCAGGUCUUCGUUCGUGAGGCUGAUGCGAAAACUAGAUACCUUAAGGCGUUGGAGGGAUACGAAAAAUUUUGGGCUGAAAAAGCUCGGAUUAAAUGGAGAUUACAGGGCGAUAGAAGUUCAAAAUUUUUUCAUGUGGCGGUGAAGGUUAGAAGACUGAAAAAUACUAUAAGGAGCUUGAAAACUGGAGAUGGGAAGCUCAUUACUAAGAAGAUGCAACUGGAGGAGUUCGUGAAGAGUUAUUAUGAGAAUUUUCUCAAAAGAUCCCCUACUGUUGAGCACAUGGAUAUGCUGAAAUUGGAUAAAGCUGUGUUAGAACUAAAGAAGAUUCAAGACAUGAUCGAAGAGUUAGGUAUGUCAGAUGAGCUUUUUGUUAAAGAGGAGGAUACAAAAACCACCUUACUCUUGGCAAACAAGAUGCAUGAGAAGUUAUGGGCCGAGAAGGCUAAGCAGAGGUGGAUGAAGAGUGAUGAUUGUAAUUCGAAGUUUUUCCAUCUGUCUGUGAAGCUGAGAAGAGCCAAAAAUCAGAUUACUUCCCUUAAAAGGGAGAAUGGUUCUUGGGUCUCGAAUCAGCAAGAAAUCGCUAAUCACAUCUCAAACUAUUUUCAGAAGUUUCAUGAGGCCUUUGAGGUAGUUGUGCAUCAAGAAUUAUUGGGCUGUAUCCCCAGUAUGCUAGCUGAUUCUGAUAUUACUACUUUGGAUUCAAUCCCAAGUAGGGAAGAAAUUAAACAGGUAGUGUGGGAUUUAGAUCCAGAGAGUUCCCCUGGUCUUGAUGGGUUUCCAGGAAAAAUUUUCAGGAAAUGA